AUGGCUACUUCGAUAGUUGAGACCACAACUCCAACCACCGAGUUUACAACGGUGCAGCUGUUGACACCAAAUGGACCUGUCUCCCGUCGAGUGCGCUGCGGCAAGCCACGCGCCCCAACUCUGGAUGAAAUGCCCAUCAUUGAUCUCAGUUCCAUAGAUGGAGAUGAACCAGCGCGCAAAGGCCUUGCCACUCAGAUUAAAGCGGCGGCUGAAAACACGGGAUUUUUCUACGUUUCCAAUCACGGCAUUUCACAGGACUUGAUCGAGGAAGCUCUCCAACAGGUCAAGAAUUUCUUCCAUCAGUCACAAGAAGACAAGGAUCGGGUCGCUUUUACCAAGGCGGGGAAGUUUUGCGGUUACCACGGCGUUGGAAGCACACAAAUCAACAACAAAGAAACCAAAGAUAACAAAGAAACUUUCUCUAUGCGAUAUGACACUCGCAUUGACCCGAGCCAUGACUGUGUUGAUGACAUUAACUCCAACUUUGAUUCCAUAGAUUAUGUUUGGAACGGAACAAGUCAUCUCACAAAAUUCCGCCCUACUCUUACCGAGUUCUAUCAAAGGCGGCUAACGUUGGCACGCAAACUGAUUCGGUUGUUCGCCCUAGCUCUUGAACUACCCGAGGACUACUUUGACAGCAUCAUUACUACUCCUGGUGCUGAUGCAGUGCACCUUCACUACCCAGGCACUGACGAGAGUGAGGAUAUAGACGUUGGAAUUGGCUCACACACUGACAUCCAAUGCGUGACUCUGCUAUGGCAGGAUAUGUCGGGUGGACUGCAAGUUCUCUCGGCCGAUGACGAGUGGCUGGACGCUCGGCCCAUCGAGGGAACUCUGGUCAUCAACAUUGGUGACUUCUUACAGAGGUUAUCUAACAACCGUUUCAAGUCGACUGUUCAUCGUGUUUACAACCGUCAAAAAGCAUCCCGUUACGCCAUGCCAUUCUUCUUGGGCUUUAAUCCGGAUGCCGUCUGCGAGGUUGUGCCAACAUGUACUGAUGCAGAACACCCUCCUCUCUAUGAGCCGAUUUCAUGUGGCCAGCUCUCGUCUAAGAUUAGCAGAAACUGGGAAGCUGAAUUGAGAAAUAGAUUGCAGAGGGGAAACAUUGCUGCAGGUAUUCGGAGUGGGGGGUCAGCCGCACGAGGCUAG